GCUGAGUCGAGCUGGGCAGGAGAUGAGUUUAGCGGCCCUCAAGCAGCACGACCCCUACAUCACCAGCAUCGCAGACCUCACGGGCCAGGUUGCUCUGUAUACCUUCUGCCCCAAGGCGAACCAGUGGAAAGAAAAAUGCUGCAGAUUCGGGCAUGUCACUGGACUGAACACCGCAUAUGCAUUAGUGUGCAUCAGGAGCAUAGAAGGAAAACGAGAAACUGUUCAUAGUAGUGUGUGGAGUGAGGACUUGGUUGACCUGUUUCAAAGUGAUUAAUUUUAAAAUAAGAGAAGACUGACAUAGAAGGGACCUUAUUUGUAUAUCGAAGGUCAGCUUCACCUUACCAUGGUUUUACCAUUGUGAAUCGAUUGAAUAUGCACAAUCUUGUUGAACCAGUGAAUAAAGAUUUGGAAUUUCAGCUCCAUGAACCAUUUCUUCUAUAUAGAAAUGCAAGCUUGUCAAUAUACAGUAUUUGGUUUUAUGACAAGAAUGACUGUCAUCGCAUAGCCAAACUCAUGGCUGAGGUGGUAGAAGAGGAGACACGGCGCUCUCAGCAAGCUGCUUGGGAUAAGCAGAGUCCCAGCCAGGCCAAUGGCUGCAGUGACCACAGGCCCAUCGACAUCCUGGAGAUGCUAAGCCGAGCCAAGGAUGAGUACGAGAGGAAUCAGAUGGGUGACUCAAAUAUCUCCAGCCCUGGGUUACAGCCAAGUACUCAGCUCUCCAAUCUGGGAAGCACUGAGACUCUAGAAGAGACGCCACCAGGGUCACAAGAUAAGUCUGCUCCAUCUGGACACAAACAUCUGACAGUAGAAGAAUUAUUUGGAACUUCUUUGCCAAAGGAACAGCCACCAGUUGUGGGUCUGGAUUCGGAAGAAGUGGAAAGGCUGCCAGGAGACUCCUCUCAGAAAGAGCCCGGCUCAUUCCUACCAUUUUCCUUUGAGCAAUCAGGAGGGGCCCUUCAGUCAGAAAACCUGGGUGUCCGUCCUGUUGCCCACCACUCAGUCCAGCCUGAAGUCAGCUCCCCGGUGCUAAUCACUCCUGCCUCCAUCUCACAGUCCAGUGAAAAGCAGACCCCAAGCUAUGCGAUCCCGCUGCGCCCUGGGCUCAGUCCCACUCUACCAGCAGAAGCUCCUGCUGCACAGGUUCCCGCCAGCUUACCCCGAAACACCACCAUGAUGCAAGCGGUGAAGACCACACCUAGACAGAGGUCUCCACUCCUGAGUCAGCCAGUCCCUGAGCUGAGCCAUGCCAGCUUGACUGCCAGCCAGAGCCCCUUCAGGGCCCCACUGAGCGUGACAAAUACCGCUGGAACAUCCGUCCCAAGUGUUGAUCUUCUCCAGAAACUCAGGUUGACCCCACAGCAUGACCAAAUACAGACACAGUCACUUGGGAAGGGUGCAAUGGCACCCAGCUUUUCUCCAGCAGCCGGCCAGCUGGCCACGCCUGAGAGCUUCAUAGAGCCUCCCCCUAAGAUGGCAGCAGCGAGAGCUUCCACCACCCUGAACAACAUGGUGCUUGCUCCCCUUCAGUCUAUGCAGCAAAACCAGGAUCCUGAAGUCUUUUCCCAGCCAAAGGUGUUAUCCAGUGCCAUCCCGGUCGCAGGCCCUCCACUGGUUACUGCAACGACCACUGCAGUGUCUUCAGUCCUGCUGUCCCCAAGUGUUUUCCAGCAGACAGCUGCAAGGGCCACAGACCUAGAGGGGAAAGCAAGCUCCCCUUCUCCUCUAACUGUUGCAACAUCAGAAAAUCAGAGAAAGCCUUCCAUUAUUCUCAGCAAGUCUCAGCUUCAGGAUACAUUAAUACAUCUAAUCAAGAAUGACUCCAGCUUCCUCAGUACGCUUCAUGAGGUCUACCUGCAGGUUCUGACCAAGAACAAAGACAACCACAACCUAUGACUGGAGCAGAGAUCAGUCUGAAGACAGAAUCUCAACCUCAGAAACUAAUGGGCCUCAUCGUGGAAACUUCUAAACAAAACAUUGAGUUUUGAGAAUCCUGAAAUUGAGCCUAUGAGAAAGAGACUCGUUUCUUAAGAAUGUUUUCCAAGUGACAUUCUCAGUGAUAAUGGAGGUUUCACUGUGAAACAUCACCAGCAGACCUUUGUUUUGACAAAAGAAAAAAGAAAAAAAAAGGACCAUUGUGUUAAGUUGUGUGGGUGUUUUCAUCAGCUGUAAGCAAGUAUGUGACAUAAGGAGUCUGAUUUUCAGCUGCUUUCACUUUCAAGGUCUUAGGAAGGAAGUAUCACCAGCCUUGCAGCAGAGUUCAGCCCAGCCCAUACCCCUUUCCUCCUCUGUCCCCUGGAAACCUGAGCAUUAGGCUGAUAAUCAAGUUCUGAACAGAGCAGAAGUCAGCUCUGUGCAGUGUAGCUUCUAGUUGUAAAAGAUCAGCGUUGAAAUUGACAAGACUGAUUUGUUCAAAUGAAGUAUAUUUCCUAUGAAUGCCUCAUUUGGGCCUUUGAAGUUCUGAAAGUUGUGUUUUGCUUUUAGGUGUCCUCGGUGCUGACAUGCAGCAAGCUCCCAGGGUCCUGUCAGUCCCUGUGGUGGUAUGGGAGCAAGCAUGUCACACCUUUGAAGCAAAGGCUGGGGCUAGUAAAGCUCAAAUUUCUAUCAAAAAUCUUCACUUUAAGUUAAACUCUCCAGUGGUUUCGAAAAUGUUACAUUUGUGUGUGAAGCAUAGCCUUAUUUUCCUUUUCUGUAAACACAGAAGUCAUUGUUGAUUGUUUUCCUUAACACUUUGACAAAAGACCAGUGGACCAAUCUGACAAAGCCAUUUCUGGUUCCAUUCCUCGAGUCUACUGAGAAUAAUUUUGAAGCUAUGCAGAAAAGGGAGCUGUUACUCACACUGCCCUUACUUUACUGUAGUAUAUGGAGUUAAAACAAAGUGAAAUUCAGAACUUUACCAAUGUAUUCCUAGGCUGUGACUACUUUUGCAGCCCAAAGUGUGAAAAUAUGUAAAGACGCUUUGUUAUGCUGCUAUUAAUCUGCCAUGAUUUAUAUUUAUUCUUUUAUGGCAUGUGAUGGUGAUUAGUAAUAUUUUAAUGUAGACUUUGAUUUAUUUCAGCAAUAGUAAUUUUAAGAUAUUCUUUGAAUGAAAGUGUCUUCGUUUCUAUGAUACAGGUCAUUUUGUAGUAUUUAACCAAUUAAGAUGCACUGCUUACUUUUCUGAGCACUAUUUAAUGAUUGGGUAAAAACCCCAGUGGCUCAACCAGCUAGCGUAAGGAUUAGCUGUGAAUAACGCUGACAGGUGUGACGGUUCCUCGGGAACAAUCAUUUAAGCUUUAAUGGUAACUCAAUCAUUAAGUCCAUAGAUUUUUUUUUUUCCUAGCUGAGAUUUUAGAAAAUUACUUGUGAAUUACAUACUUGUUUUAGUUCAGUCUUAGUUUUUUAGCAAGAAUGCUUUGUUUGAUUGGCUUUUGUUAAUCUAAACAUGCUUCCUGGGCAGCUUUUCUUCUUCUCAAUUUAGUGUCCUCUAUUGCAUCUGCCUAGUUGUGUGUGAAUUGUGCAGAAGUCGGGAAACCUUGUAAGUUCUCAUACUCAAUUAGGAAUAGUUUGUUUACAAAGGUAGUGUGUAAAUUCAGCAACCAAAAAUGAAUUGCUCAUGUAUCACAGGGAAAGCGAAGGGUAAGGUACGCAGAGUUACUAACACCAGGAGAUGGAGCCACGUGAGCCACGUGGUAACAGGGAGCCACGUGACUGUUCUCUAAAAACAGUUGUACCAGUAGGUUUGAUCACACCCCAAGUAUAGUCUCGGUGGGCUCUGGUAGACAGAAGCAUCAAGGGAUUCUUGUUAGACAUUUGAAUGGAAAUGAUGACUCAAGUAUGUAUAACAUUAGGGGAGUUAAGAGAGAAUAUCCUAAGGAGGGUUUGUAAUCAAAUCUUAAUUUUCAUCCUUUAAUCUAAGGGAAUAAAUAUGGUAGAUGGUAAAGAGAAUCUGUGAUAAGGUUUCCUUAAUGUGAAAGUAAACUUUUUAAGUGCCCAAGUCAUGGAGACUUGAAAAGGGUAUGCCUGUUUCAACUUCAAAAUUUAUAUAUUGAAAGCAUUUAUAUAAAGUUCAGAAGCCAGAAGUUCACCAUCAUGAUUACCAGGAAGUUAAGGCCAGAAUGAGUUCCUAGAAAAGUCAGGCCAAGCCUGGAUAAUUGCACUUGGAUACCUCUGGCUCAAAAGUCCCAGUUCAGUUGCCUUAUUCCUCUUUCAGGCGCACUCUCCAGAACCUCGUGCUAGCUUGGGUUGCAUGUUUACAUUGCUACAGUGUCUUUACUGGGACCUUCGUUGAAUUGUAAUGGACACCAAAAGAGAUGCUUAUUGCUAGGCUUUGCAGAACUCCAGGUGAUGUGCAUUUAGGCCAUCCUGUGUAUCUGUGUGCCCACCCCCAACACCGGAGGUGGGGGUGUUACUGCUCUUCUGUUGUAGUUUGUGUGAUGUCUGUGAAUGGACUCCUGCCCCUCCCAAAUGACCUUGUUCCUUUAAGGCAGGAGCUCCUGGGAUUUGUAAGGUGUGGUUUUGAAUCCUGAGUUUUCAAAUGACUGUCAGCAUCAGGAGAAGCAUUUCGUUGUCUGCAUGUGAAUGUCCACAGCUUUUCUUCUAAGGCUUUUGGGUCAUCAUCACAGAGAGGUGUUUUGUUAAGAGCCUGAGUUGACCUGGGUCCUUCUCUGCCAGAGGAUGCACAGGCUUAGUUUAGGAUAUGUUGGACCCAAUUUUGCAUGUCAAACAUUUGUUCUUUUUCUGCCUAUGUUUUCUUGUAAAAAUUACAACCCCCAUCAAAUCCUGUACUAGGUAUUUUUAAACAAUGCAGCUUUAUUAUUCUCCUCCCCAAAGAAUGUAGUUUGAAAUUUUCUCAUUUUGGUAGUAGAGGCCAUAACUGCCACUGUAUUACUAAUAAUGCAACAUGAAAUUGAAGGUGCCUAACUGCUUAAAAAAAUUAAGUCAGCCAUCAUACUGUAACUCUGGGCAAAAUGUAGAAACACAGAGGAAUGAGAGGUGGCACAGGCAUGAGUGGGCCCAGUCCCUGUGAGUAAAGACAAGGAGUCCCAGGGAUGUGUGUCCUGCAUUCUUGCUGCACAUUUGCUGCUGAGCAUGUGUUUCUUUCUUAACCAUCUUUGGUUUUCUUCGCUUGUAUUCAGAGUAGCUUGUAAGCCCUGUGUUUUCAGGUGUCUAAAAUGUUAAGAUCUGCACCAAGUAAAGCAACUAACACUGGGCUUUUGAAAAGCUGUGCUUGAGAACAUUUCCCUGAGUGCACUGGGGCCUCGAGGAGCCUGUUUUUCAGCAAGAAAAAUAUGUGCAAUGUUUCACUUGGUUUUGUAUUUGAUCCAAUACUGUCAUUAAAUGCUAAGAUGCAAUGUCCUUCACUUAGAGUGGGGAAAAUGCAAAGGUGUGUUCCUUUUAUCUGCAAUUCCUUAAAUGUGUUUUUAAAGUACGUGUUCUAAAUGUUUUUUUAUUCUGUAUUACUGCUUUGGCCAUGUGGCUUUCAUGACUUUCAGUGUACCAGUCUUGGCUCCCUGGGAGGCAGGGGCGAGAAGCUCUGGACUUACAGCAAGGUUUUUGUUCCAUGAGCUCAGUACUGCAUCAUCAACAUUUUUAAUGGUAUGAAUUUUGUACCAUCUAUGUAUGUUUGCAAAUAUUAAGUUAUUACAUGUUUUCAAAUGAGCAUUUUUCAUCCUAAAUUUUAUAUGUUUGCAAAUAUAUUUUUUUAAUAAAAGUUCAAAACCAAGUUUU